UCGUACAUGAACCCAACCAGGAAGCGAAUGGCGGAAAUUUAGAUCCACCUCACGCUUUACGCGAGCAGUUUCUGCACAGACCCGUUUAUUUGUUCAUUGAAUGGAGAGGCCAGCCCAGGGGACAGCAGAUGCCUUCAGCUAAACAUCGGUGGACGGCUUUGAAGAAUCAAUGUUACCCGGUAGAACCGGUAAAGCGAAUGGACGGAUAGCCAGCUGAGAGUGUCCUGUCUCUGACAGACAGCCAGAUUAAGUUAAACACCGAUAUAUGGCCCUGCUCCUCAGCUAGCCGAGGGAGACGCUGUAAAGAGACGACGAAACUAUCAUCAUGUUCCUGAAAACAUCUUUCACCACCCUGAUCGUGGGGGUGUUUGUGGUGUACGUGCUCCACACCUGCUGGGUGAUGUUCGGAAUAGUGUACACUAAACCCUGCGACAGCCCCAAAGGGGAAAACUGUAUCACAUCCUUUCUGGCAGGGGACCCAAAACUACAGUUGAGUAUCUACACUGCACUGCGGCCCAAUGCAGAGGGAGGACAUACUUUGAUCCACAAAGAGGAAACAUUUGAUGUCAACAGCAAGUUUGAGAAGAUAGUAAAUGUCUCCCUCCCUAAGAAGACACGAAACAAUGGAACUUUAUAUGCACUGGUAUUUGUCCACCAAGCUGGCAUCACUCCGUGGCAGGAUCCACGACAGGUCCACCUGGUGGCCCAGCUCACCACAUACAUGGUCCCUAAACCGACUGAAAUCUCCUUGAUAUCCGGAGAGGAUCAAACACAGGGUGAGAAAGAAGAAGCCCAGCAGAAGAAACAUGACGGUAACCCUGCGAGAGGGGGUGGGGCCGAUUCCGCUUCCACAGCCGAUCACCCAGUUUCCCACUGGCGCACCCGCCUGACACUCAACAUUGUCAGCGACCACUUCUUGUUCGACAGAGAAAAUCUGCCAAGUGAUGUCCACAGAUACCUCAGAGUAUUCCAAAAUGGUAAGAAGAUGGUUUAUCUACCUCUGCUGUUUGUUGAUGAGCUCAGCAACCGUGUCAAGGACCUUGUGGAGAUCAACAGUACCUCCAGUGAGCUCCCUCUGACCAUCUCCUACGACUCCAUCUCUCUGGGAAGGCUUCGAUUCUGGAUCCACAUGCAAGACGCUGUUUUCUCUCUGCAACAGUUUGGCUUCACAGAAAAGGAUGCUGACGAGAUUAAAGGAAUCUUUGUGGAUACCAACCUGUACUUCCUGGGUCUGACCUUCUUUGUAGCUGCCUUCCAUCUCCUCUUUGACUUCCUGGCAUUCAAGAACGACAUCAGCUUCUGGAAGCAGAAGAAAAGCAUGGUGGGAAUGUCCAGCAAAGCAGUGCUGUGGCGAUGUUUCAGCACCAUCGUCAUUUUCCUGUAUUUGUUUGACCAGCAGACCAGCCUGCUUGUCCUCAUACCUGCUGGCAUCGGCUCCAUCAUUGAAGUGUGGAAAGUGAAGAAGGCCCUUAAGAUUCAGGUUUCCUGGAAAGGAGGCAAACCAACAUUCCUGUUUGGGAAAUUAGAUGAAUCGGAGAGGAGAACGGAGGAGUACGAUACUCUGGCCAUGAAGUAUCUCUCAUACCUCCUUUACCCGAUGUGUAUUGGAGGGGCUGUGUAUGCGCUCAUAUUUCUACGAUAUAAAAGUUGGUACUCCUGGCUGAUCAACAGUAUGGUUAAUGGUGUAUAUGCUUUCGGAUUCCUCUUCAUGCUUCCUCAGCUGUUUGUCAACUAUAAGCUGAAAUCUGUGGCCCACCUGCCCUGGAAGGCCUUCAUGUACAAGGCAUUCAACACCUUUAUCGACGAUGUGUUUGCCUUCAUCAUCACCAUGCCAACGUCACACAGACUGGCCUGUUUCAGGGACGAUAUAGUGUUUCUCGUUUACCUCUACCAGAGAUGGCUCUACCCAGUGGAUAAAACAAGAAUAAACGAAUAUGGAGUUUCUUACGACGAAGAACCCAAAGAAAAGACUCAUAAGGACUAGUGAGGAGCGACGGGUCAUUGGCUUCCAUGAUCUGGUACCUGCAUGUUUUGUCUUCAGUCCACUGAUAUUGACUGACGGGUCAUUUGGUAACAGUCCAGAGGCAUCUGGUCAGUUAGUUGUAAAUGGACCCGGUAGAUCAUUAUCCUAGUGAUUUUUGUCUUUUUCCCUUUCCCCAAAGUGCAAACUGUUGAAAGGUCAACAUCAGCUCAUCUGCCUUCUGCAGUCAGGAGAGGAAUUAUUUUGUUUUGCAGCGUGUGGCGGGACAGGAAGAUCAAUAAGACAAACCUCUAAACCAGUACAACAUGGAAACACGUGUUUCUGAUUGGUGUGAAUGGUCGGCACACCGUUCACGACUGUGACCAUGUCAAUCAUGGGUCAGACAAUACUCAGCUUUGGUGUGAAAGAGUACACUGAUGACUAUACUAAGUCAGCACUUCCUGUUCAAAUACCAUGUGAUUCCACAAAGCCAGUCACAUCCCUUGUCUAUUGGAACAGCCCCAUACUGUUCAUAUCACUGGAGGUCAUCACUGGCGUGAAGUAUGAUUUAUUACAUUGGUUAGGCAUUCCCAUAUGGGACUUCCAUUUUAAGAUGAAAACAUCUCUUGAGGACCACUGUGAAUGUCUUAUUUUCAGAAUUUUAAUUGCAAGGUAAAAAAGUGAUAAUAAUUUAAAAAAAAAAUGUAUGUUUAAAAAUUCCAGUUAAUUUACAGUGUGUGUAUUAAAAAGAACCUGGUUCAGACUGCUUUGAAGAAGUCAUAUCUAAAUACAUUGAUUUUCCAUAUUUUUAUUAUAUAAGUGCAAAAUCUGACAUUGGGACACUGAAAAAUCAGUGUCCCAGUAGUAAGUGGAUGCACUGUUAGCUCAGUUAAUUAUUCACAACGCAGAAUUUGAGGGCUUUUCUAGAAAUUGUAUAAAAUUGUGCUAAUUAUGUUUAAAUAUUGCUCAGUGAAAGACUGUUACCAAUACUUAGAAUGUAUGAAUGUGUAGUAAUUUCAAUUUUUUUAUAUCCCAAAUGACAAUGUAGACAAAGCCAACAUGUUUUAACCCAAUGACAGAUUCCAGAGUGACAGACCCUGUAUAGGCUUCCUGCUAAAGUGAGAAUGGAGGGGUGCAGGGAAGACAAAACGAGAGGGGUAUUUACUGACCUAUUUUAUAUUGUCGAACAAAACUUUAAAAUAUCUAAGCUUGUGUUUACCACGGACCUUAUUUCAUGCAUCUAACCAAAAACCAUUCAAAAACCAAUUGACUUCAAGACGAGGCAACUGAAGGUGCAAAAAAUGUUUUUAAUCAUUUCUGGGUUUUUGGACUCAUUAUUGCGCCACUCUAUAUACAUAUAUGAUUUAAAUGACUAAUCCAGGAGUCACAGUAAAGGGAACCUAAAAGGUAACAGAAUUUUUCAGAAAUUUCAAAUAGAUCACUUUAAUUUGAAGAGAUUUAAUGUACAUUCCACCUACGUUCAUUUAAUGUGCUGUAGCACAGUGGCAGAUUCCCAUUUGUGGCCAUGGAGACGGGAAUAAUUUUCCUAAACAUUCUACAAUCUUAAAUUCGACAGUUUCAGAAUCUGUUGAGUUGAAUUGUCUCUGACCACAUCUUUAAAAUAUACUGACUUUCAUUACACAGUAGCAAAGGUUGGUACUCCUCAAAGCCAUACUGUCCUUUCCAUCCACUCUAGUUUUGUAGUUUUACCUGCGUGAGUAUUUUUUACAUAUCAGGGCCAAGAAAAUUUGUUGGUGCCAAAUGUGAGAAUGAUUCUUUAAAUUGUCUGUGAGCUUUUGUAUGUUCCCAUAAACGAUCCAUCUGAUGUUUUCAAUAGACACUGACAUUGUGAGGGAAACAGUAAAUGUUAAGACUUGAGGAAAGUAUUACUUCAUUUAGAUUUACAGUCACAUCUUGAUUUUUCUGCCAUAGUUCUAAUAUUAUGUUUGUUUUUAAAAUAGAAAGAUAUAUGGAUACACUGGGUCAGUGCACAAAGAUCAAGCAUAGGUUAUCUGUUCCUGUGUAAAUGAGACCAGGCAAGAUUUUCCAGAAAAUUGAAUUGAAAUGGUUUUACUUAUGGUAAUGAUUGUGUUUCUGAUUGUGAUUAAAUAAAAUUGUUUGACUCAA